AUGACGGACGGACAGGCACACACGGACGAACAUGCCAGGAAAGUGGGCGUGCAGACCGUUGCGGCCUGCUUCAUGCCCGUGGCGACCAUCGCGGUCAUGCUGCGCUGUUACGUCCGCGCCCGGGUGGUGAGAGCUUUUGGUCUUGACGAUGGGGCGAUGGUAUUUGCAGCGGUAUUUUUCAUGAUGUUCUGUUCAUGUGUGAUUGGAGGGACUCGAUAUGGUACUGGGUAUCAAUUUGAACACCUAGAACCGGAUCAUCGUGCGAUCGCCAUGAAUUAUUGGUGGCUGUGCGAGGUUGCUUACUGCUUUGCUUCGAUUGGAUGCAAGGUGUCAGUGUGCAUUUUCCUGAUGCGGAUCACUGUCAAGCGGACUCAUAUUUGGAUUCUAUACAUGGUCAUGAUUCUCACCGUUCUUGCGGGAUUGGUGUUCUUCUUCCUCAUGCUUCUGCAGUGCAAGCCAGUGUCCUACUUCUGGAAUCGAACAAAAGAGGAUCCCUCUAUUGAGGGCUAUUGCAUCGAUAUCCACAUCAUCGUUAUCAUGACAUACAUUUACAGUGUGUUCGCGGCAAUUUGUGAUUUUACCGUGGGAAUCCUUCCAAUUUUCCUCGUGAAAGACCUGCACAUGAAGAGAAACGCCAAGGUGGCCGUCAUCGGAAUUCUUAGCAUGGCCUGCGUUGCCUCAUCAGCAGUUAUCGUCCGGCUGCCCUUCGUUAAAACAUUCGAGAAUCCUGAUUUCCUCUACGCUACCUACCAAAUCGCCAUCUGGUCCAUCGCCGAAGCUGGCCUCGGAAUCACAGCAGGCAGUCUAGCAACUCUUCGUCCCCUCCUCCGCCACUGGCUCGGCUCCCGCUCUGAUAACUACCCUUCAUCCGGAUUCCCCCGUGCAUCAGGCUCCCGACGCGUCGGUGGUAGUCAACAGAAAGCGAUGCCACUCGGAUCGAUGGACACAAGCAACAGAGGCGAACUGCGACCCGAUAAACUGGCAGUGAUGGUGACGAAUAUUGAGAGUCAGGGGGGUCUUGGAACCACCUGGACGAGAACGUCUAGCAAUAACAGCAGUGAGGAAGGUUUGACCAUUAAUCACUCGCCUCGUCUUCCUCCGGGACCAAAGAUCGAAGUCGGUAUUCAGCACACGUUUGAGGUUACACAUGGUGAUUUCCCCGAGGCAUCUCAUAGAGAUGCUAGUGUGAAAGAACAUGUAUAA